AUGUGUUUUAAAGGAGCAGCAGAAACAGACGGAGUGGACACAGGACCAAGCAGAGCUGGGGUGUCAGAGGAGUCUGAGGAGUCUGAGGAGUCUGAGGGAUCAGAGGAGUUUGAGGAGUCAGAGGAGUCUGAGGGGUCUGAGGCGUCAGAGGAGUCAGAGGAGUCUGAGGAGUCUGAGGAGUCUGAGGAGUCUGAGGAGUUUGAGGAGUCAGAGGAGUCUGAGGGGUCUGAGGGGUCAGAGGAGUCAGAGGAGUCUGAGGAGUCUGAGGGAUCAGAGGAGUUUGAGGAGUCAGAGGAGUCUGAGGGGUCUGAGGGGUCAGAGGAGUCAGAGGAGUCUGAGGAGUCUGAGGGAUCAGAGGAGUUUGAGGAGUCAGAGGAGUCUGAGGGGUCUGAGGGGUCAGAGGAGUCAGAGGAGUCUGAGGAGUCUGAGGAGUCUGAGGAGUCUGAGGAGUUUGAGGAGUCAGAGGAGUCUGAGGGGUCUGAGGGGUCAGAGGAGUCAGAGGAGUCUGAGGAGUCUGAGGAGUCAGAGGAGUCUGAGGAGUCUGAGGAGUCUGAGGAGUCUGAGGGAUCAGAGGAGUUUGAGGAGUCAGAGGAGUCUGAGGGGUCUGAGGGGUCAGAGGAGUCAGAGGAGUCUGAGGAGUCUGAGGGAUCAGAGGAGUUUGAGGAGUCAGAGGAGUCUGAGGGGUCUGAGGGGUCAGAGGAGUCAGAGGAGUCUGAGGAGUCUGAGGAGUCUGAGGAGUUUGAGGAGUCAGAGGAGUCUGAGGGGUCUGAGGGGUCAGAGGAGUCAGAGGAGUCUGAGGAGUCUGAGGGAUCAGAGGAGUUUGAGGAGUCAGAGGAGUCUGAGGGGUCUGAGGGGUCAGAGGAGUCAGAGGAGUCUGAGGAGUCUGAGGGAUCAGAGGAGUUUGAGGAGUCAGAGGAGUCUGAGGGGUCUGAGGGGUCAGAGGAGUCAGAGGAGUCUGAGGAGUCUGAGGGAUCAGAGGAGUCUGAGGAGUCAGAGGAGUCUGAGGAGUCUGAGGGAUCAGAGGAGUCUGAGGAGUCAGAGGAGUCUGAGGAGUCUGAGGAGUCAGAGGAGUCUGAGGAGUCUGAGGAGUCUGAGGAGUCUGUGGUCUCAGGAUCCAGCUGCCAAUACGGAGGACCAUGGGACUAUGUGACGUCAUGUCCUGGUUCUUCUCCCUGCAGCAGUGAAAGUCCUCUCUCUGGCUCGUGGAUCCUGUGGACAGAGGGCCAGAGGGGCUGUGUACUCAUGAGGAUAGUAACUUUGACAUCCGUGUAUCAGGACAUGGAAGGAGAAAUGCCCUGA